GUAUUCUUCAAUUGCUGCAAAAUCUUCAUCUGUUCUUCAUUCUUGUGCAGUUCCAUUUUUUGUUGCUCAUAAGAAUACCCUUUUCUAUCUUAAUUUAUUAAUACACAACCAGCCUCAUUCCUCCCAAUUAAUUCAAUUGCAGAUUCAGCAAUUUAGAGAUUAUUGAUUGAUUGAAGUGUUCUUUGUUCGCAUUUCAGAUGAUAAACACUUCAACCUUGCUAUACAAUGCAUCAAAUUUGCCUAUUUCCAGCAUUAGAAGGUCUAACAAGCUAAAUAUCAAAGCGGUCAAGAUGGAACUGACUUUGACGCGCCCUGAUGAUUGGCAUCUUCAUCUCCGUGAUGGAGACCUUCUUGCUGCUGUUGCUCCUUACAGCGCAAGAGACUUUGGAAGGGCAAUUGUUAUGCCAAAUCUAAGACCUCCUAUUACUACUACAGCUGAUGCUAUUGCUUACCGAGAGUCUAUCAUGAAAGUGUUGCCUGCUGAUAGCGACUUCAAUCCUCUCAUGACACUCUAUUUGACGGAUACAACUAGCCCUAAUGAGAUCAAGCUUGCUAAGGAAAGUGGGGUGGUUUAUGCUGUCAAAUUGUACCCUGCUGGUGCAACAACUAAUUCGCAGGAUGGUGUGACUGAUCUUUUCGGAAAGUGCUUGCCAGCACUCCAAGAGAUGGCUGAACAAAGUAUGCCUCUUUUGGUUCAUGGGGAGGUUACUGAUCCUGAUGUAGAUAUAUUUGAUCGUGAAAAAGUUUUUAUUGAGACAGUUUUAAGACCUUUAAUUCAGAAAUUACCACGACUAAAAGUUGUGAUGGAGCAUAUCACUACGGCAGAUGCGGUCAAGUUUAUCGAAACAUGCAAAGAAGGAACUGUAGCUGCCACUGUGACACCGCAACACCUUGUUUUGAAUAGAAACUCUCUUUUCCAAGGAGGGCUUCAACCACAUUACUAUUGUCUUCCAGUUCUCAAAAGAGAAAUUCAUAGACAGACAAUUCUUUCAGCAGUAACUAGUGGGAGUAAGCAAUAUUUUCUUGGUACUGAUAGUGCACCUCAUGAACGGCAAAGAAAAGAAAGUUCCUGUGGAUGUGCUGGAAUCUUUAAUGCCCCAGUUGCUUUAUCACUAUAUACCAAAAUUUUUGAAGAGGCUGGUGCACUUGAAAAGUUAGAGGCAUUUACGAGCUUCAAUGGACCUGAUUUCUAUGGCCUUCCACGGAAUACUUCAAAGAUCAAGUUGACAAAACGGCCAUGGAAAGUCCCAGAGCGUAUACUUUUCCCUUCUGGAGAAAUUGUCCCUAUGUUUGCCGGACAAAUGCUCGACUGGAAACCUUCAUUUUGAUAUCUUUUAUUCCCUUUGUCCAAUCGAGUUUGCUACAAAUCUCCCAAAAAGCUUCACAUGGGGAGCCGAUAUAAACUUAAUGGGACGGAAGGAGCUACUUUAUUUCAUUUCAUUUUCCUUGGUCAUGGUAUUGCAAGUCCUUGUACAACCUCAGCCUUUCAAAUCCAGAUGCGUCUGGUUGACAUUGACCAGAACUUUGGGUGCAGUUCUGUAUGAGGACACCUUGCCAGGGCUCGAGUUUGAGGAUCAAG